GAGCCGCACCUCGACAGGCGCAGUCUUAAAUGUGAAUCUUUUUCAAGAGCCAAACGGAAUUUAUUAGGGAAGAAAGCAGAUUUGCUCUUGCUUAACCUUGGAUAAAAGAUGUUUUCCAUUUGUCUUUAAAAUAAAAAAAAAAUAUUAGGGAGUUGUCAUCCAAAGCUUAAAAAACACUUUUAUUGACUUCAGUUGCUUUAACAAGUUUGCGCAAAGAGAGACUUUUGUUAUAAAGUAAAAACUUCACUUCUGCUGCAGAUGAAUCACACCGAUCACGGUGUAAUUUUGGGGUGAUUUCGGAGCUUUAAUGCGCUCCUCCCUUCUUUCUAUCUCGUGAGGUCUAACAGUUCCUGCAGUUGCUCCUCGCCGGCGCGCUCGCCUGAUGCGCAGCGCCUCCCCAACUUGCCCUCACUUUGACGAAUUCAUCGUUAGAGGUCUGCUGGAUGCCUUCUUGCUCGUAAAGAUGAGCAUUUGAAUAUUUCAGAAGUUGAACAGCUCUUCUGCGCCUUUAUUUUUUCCCUCCGUGUGUGGACUGUUAGAUUAGAGCGCGAUGGUUUGUGGGUCCUUGUGGAGCUUUUUGCUUUUGUCUUACAUGUUUCUCUUUCACCCAAAGAUCGGAGCUCAAGGGGAGAUAAGUUUUACUAAGUCGUUCGAGCGGUUUUAUCGUGUGGAGGUAACGCCGGGGGACGCACCUGUGACCAGAAACCCAGCUGGGAUCAAAGUCAAACAAAAAGUCGAUGAAGUUUUCAGCAGUUUGGAAACGGAACCAGCCGCUGUCUCUGAGAGCAAUGAAGAUCAGGUGGAGGAUAAAAUACUGAGUGGAAACAACACUCCCGUGCGCAGCUCGCAAAAUUAUGAAAGCGCCCCCAAAACACCCCUGGAAAAGUACUCCAACAUUUCUAGGGAUCCACUUGCGGCUAAUAAAAAAUCCCAACGCGCUUUUUCCGACAAAGAAAGGAAGAUUAAAAGGAGUGUGGGUGCGUCAUACGCCGAGAACCUGGAUAGGAGUGUACGCACUGAAGCGCAGACAAGAGUCUUGGAGACGGUCCAAGGUGCGUCCAACUCCAGAGCCGAGUACCGCCGCACUGGGCAGGAAGCCAGGGGGUCAAACCCGAGGCAAAGUGAGCCCUACUUGGACACUUCUACUUUUGCUCUGUCGGGGGACUCGGCGCACAACCAAGCGAUGGUGCACUGGUCCGGACACAACAGCAGCGUAAUUCUGAUCUUGACUAAGCUGUAUGACUUCAACUUGGGGGCUGUUACGGAGAGCUCACUCUGGAGGUCCACUGAUUAUGGCAGCACCUACACCAAACUCAAUGACAAAGUGGGUUCAAGGACAGUGUUAAGCUACCUGUACGUGUGCCCUACCAACAAAAGGAAGAUAAUGAUGCUUAGCGACCCAGAGGUAGAGAGCGCUGUUCUCAUCAGUUCAGAUGAAGGGGCUAGCUUUGAGAAGUAUCCCAUUAACUUCAACAUCCUGAGCCUCCUCUUCCACCCCACACAGGAGAACUGGAUCCUGGCUUACAGUCACGAAAACAAGCUCUACAGCUCCAUGGAUUUUGGGAGGAAAUGGCAGCUCGUUCACGACAACGUGAUGCCCGGCAGAUUCUACUGGUCGGUAAUGGGGCUGGACAGAGAAUCAGAUGUGGUCCACAUUGAGGCGCGCAUCGAAAAAGGCCGCGCUCAGUACGUCAAAUGCAGAGCCCAGAGAUGCUCCGAGGGCAGCAAGCAGUACCUCUUCCCUGGAUAUGUAGACACCAACUCUCUAGUCGUACAGGACGAAUAUGUUUUUACGCAGGUGACCAAGUCAGGACGGCCCAGAUACUUUGCUUCUUUCAUGAGGGAAUCCUUCAAGGAGAUGAAAUUACCAAAAUAUUGCCUUCCAAAGGACAUGCAUAUCAUCAGCACAGAUGAGAAGCAGGUAUUUGCAGCUGUCCAGGAGUGGAAUCAGAACAACACCUACAGCCUGUAUAUCUCAGACUCCCCUGGGGUCUACUUUAUCCUUUCAUUAGAGAAUCUAAGAACCAGCAGAGGACCUGCCGGUAACCUACUGGUCGACUUUUAUAAGAUUGAGGGGAUAAAUGGCAUGUAUCUUGCCAACAAACUGGUGGAUAAUCACAUCAAAACCUUUAUCACAUACAACAAGGGACAAACCUGGGCCCUGCUGCCAGCUCCUACCACUGAUGUAGCUGGAAAUAACCUUCACUGCUUUCUGCCGUUUUGUUCGCUGCAUCUUCAUCUGGAGAUGUCGGAGAAUCCCUACACAUCUGGACCCAUUACCAGCAAGAAGUCGGUGCCAGGAAUUAUUAUUGCCACAGGGAAUAUUGGAACAGAACUGUCCUCCACCAACCUUGGGAUGUUUAUAACAGCUGAUGCCGGAAAUAGCUGGAGACAGAUUUUUGAUGAAGAGUACAAUGUUUGGUUUCUUGACAAUGGAGGGGCUCUGCUUGCAGUUCUACAUGCGGCGACGCCAAUUCGACACGUUUGGAUCAGUCUAGAUGAAGGAAAAAAAUGGGAUCGCCACAGUUUCUCUUUGGCACCUCUGUAUGUGGAUGGAGUUUUAAUGGAGCCUGAGUCUGACAAUCAUAUUAUAACAUUCUUUGGACACUUUGGCCAUCGCUCAGAGUGGCAGCUCAUCAAGAUAGACUAUAAAGGUCUCUUUAAUAGAAAAUGCAUGGAUGGAGAUUAUCAGACUUGGUACCUGCACAACAAGGACGAGCUGUGCGUGAUGGGCGAGAAGCAGAUCUACAUGAAGCGGCGGCCGGGGAACCGCUGCAUGCUGACCCAAGACUAUUCCAGGAUCUACUCCUCCGAGCCGUGUCUCUGCACAGCCUUUGAUUUUGAAUGUGAUUACGGCUGGGAACGUCAGGCCGAUGGGAAGUGCUCUCCUGCUUUUUGGUUUAAUCCGAAUGGUGCAGCUAAAAGCUGCAGCACCAGCCAAACCUUCCUUAACAGCACCGGGUAUCGAAAGGUUUUAUCCAACAACUGUAAGGAGGUCGAAAGGAACGUGUACUCACCCAAAAGGGAGGCUUGUCACCCCAGAGCCCCGCGAGGUCUUCGGCUGACCACCAGUCACGGAGAGCUGAGCGCCACCGUCGGGAGCAACGUUACUUAUAUGAUCAGCCUGGACGAAGGAGAGUCGCUGAGCACCAGCAUCCAGCUCGACUUCGGAGACGGCAUCAAGAUCACAUACUCUAACCUGAGCAGGACCAGUGAUGGCAUCAAGCACAUCUACAGAACGACUGGGAUUUACCGAGUGACAGCUUCGGCAGAAAACAGCCAGGGAUCUGACAGCAGCGUGCUGUUUUUGCACAUCACCAGUCCAGUGGAGCGUAUAUAUCUCUCCGCUCCUAUUGUGACCAUCAGGGGGAAGGCAGCUAAUCUCACUGCAGUGGCUUGGCCAAGCCACUCCAGAACUCUGACCUUCUUCUGGUGGUUUGACAACAGCUCCGAGCCCAUUAUAACCUUGGAGGGAAGCAUCUCGCACACGUUUCACAGAGUGGGAAAAAACAAGGUCACUCUCCAGGUUGCUUGUGGAAGCACAGUAAUGCAAGACUCGAAAGUUAUAACUGUUAAAGAGUUCUUCAGGUCCCUACUGCUGUCGUUUUCUCCAACUCUUGACGAGCACAACCCUGACAUCUCUGAGUGGAGGGAGGACAUAGGCCGUGUGGUGCGGACAGCUCUGUCACAGCAGGUGUCUGGAGUACCCGAAGAUCAGAUGCUGGUGUCCUUGUAUCCAGGACUUCCAACUACUGCAGAGCUCUUUAUUCUCCCGUAUGAGCAGACGUUCAAUGAGCACAAGAGAAGCAGCGAGGAAGAACUGCAGGCGAUAUCAGAUAUUUUUGUUGCUGCUUUGAACCAAGGCCUGGUCCAGUUUGAGCUGAAACCUGAUGUUCACAUUAUUAUUUACAUGACUCAGCAAACCCUGGCACCUCUUGUGCAUUCGAACUCUAUCCACAGUGGGUCGGCCAUGUUGAUGCUGCUCAGUGUGGUGUUUGUUGGUUUAGCUGCAUUUUUUAUCUACAAGUUUAAAAGGAAAAUCCCCUGGAUCCAUGUACAGACGGAGGACACCCAUGAGAAGGAGCCAGAGGUCAUCAGCACAGUGGGCCAGAAUGACCCCAAGUCCAAGGUCAAGCUCAGUGAGUUCCCCUCUCAGAAGGAGCUAAUGGAGAAAGAGCUGGAGGGCAGGAGCAGAGGAGGAUUUGGAAGAAAUAUGGAGAGAAUUGUCACCAGAGAAUUUCCAAACUGUACUAACGUGUAAGACAAACGGAUUCUGGGGGGAAAAUUACAACUUGUUGUCUUUCACUUGUGCUGUUUUUUCAUGUUUCAUGCAAAAUGAUGAUAUUAAAUGUAGAGAUUUCAGCUCAAUAGGAGUCAGAGGAAGCAAUGUGACAGCAUCUGGGAUUAUCAGUUCUCCACUUCAAUGUGGGUUCACUCUUGGUAAUAAAUGCUUUCAUAGUUUGUACAUUUUUCAAACAUUUUGCUUAUUACUUAUUUACAUAUGUCAACGUAGCACAGAAAGUACAGAAAUGUGUGUCUGGUAGACUAUCUCUUUGCUGAAUCAAUGCUUCUCUGGAAUGAAUCUUGGAAGGUGUUUGCUAGAUUAAUUGGUGCCAUAUUUGAGUAGAACAUGCAUUUAUGAGAUUAACAGCAGGUUAUGUAGGUUGCACCCAAUUAAAGGUUCUAAAUUUGAUCCCAUGAGUGUAUAUUGGGUUUGAAAUCUAGAUUUCUGUUCAAUCUUUCUUUGCAUCCUAAAAUUCUAGAGGUAGUCUCUGAGAAGAUACGCUGUCAUCUAAAGCUGCUUUAGAUUUAAAUGCACGUCUGCUAGCUCAAUUUUUGACAUGCGUCAAAUUUGCUGUUUGUCCAAAAAUGUAUUCAAAAGCUUUAGAUGCGUGUGGGAGGAGCUACUGUCAAGUUUUUAGCCUCAUCACAACAUGGAAGCAUUGGCUGUAUAUCUCAUUGACAGUGCAUGGAAGACACAGAUGAUGUUGAGAGAUCAGGUUUGUAUAUUUCUACAAAAGCAUCAGUAAUCACGUAUCCAUGUCUGGGUUCAUGAGAUCAUUCAAAAACUCUCUCUGUAUGGUGAGGUUCACCAUUUACUGCAGGAGCUGCGUCUGAAUCAUGGCCGCUUUCAACGGUACUUCCAUCUCUCCCUGUGACCCAAUUUUGGUCCAAUAGUACAAGGAGGGAAAAAUAAGAAUAAAACUAGAGAAUCAUUUUAUUACUGCCUCUCAAGCAAAUGAAAUGAGAUGAGAACAAUCAGAUUCUCCUCCAUGUUGCUUUUUAAGCUCCGCCUGUUGAUCACAUCAUCACCACGUCAUGGGUAAAAGCAGAGUCCCUGAUUGGUUCAGAUGUUUAAACUCUGGAAACUAGUGCUGUCAUGUAAUUAAUUUGUUUGUGUGAUUAAUUAAUUGUGACCUGUAAUUAAUUAAUCUAUCUAUUAAUGAUUUUUAACCUAAUAAUUGCUGGUAAAAGCCUAAUUUUUAGGUAUUUUAUUUAAGUUUUUGACA